ACAAGACCCCCCCACUCUCCCUUCCCCCCUCCAAAAACAGAAGAAAAAAAAGAGAAAGGAAUUUCAAACUUCUUCAAGAAAACGACCAAGAAUGGAGAGUUCACAGGGUCUCGCUCUCCUCUUCCUCUGCCUGACGAGUUCUCUCAGCUGUUGUUCUGAAGACGUCGACGUGAGCCUGGGCUGGAACUGGGAGAUGUGGUGGACUUACGACGGAAUAUCAGGACCGGAAUUCUGGGGCGUAAUCAACCCAGCCUGGUCCAUGUGCUCGGAAGGGAGGAGACAGUCGCCUAUCAACUUGGAUCCCCGCACGCUUCUCCACGAUCCCAAUCUGACCCCCAUAACUGUGGAUAAGACGCAGGUGCAGGGAGAGCUGGUCAACACAGGUCACAGCCUCGAGUGGCGGGUCAGGCGUUCAAGGGCGACCUCCUCCUCCUCCUCCUCCUCGGUGAAGAUCUCCGGAGGCCCUCUCUCCUACAUCUACUCCGUCAGCCACCUCAGACUGCACUUCGGAGAGAGAGACUUGCAAGGAUCAGAGCACACGCUGGCCAAUUACGCUUUUCCAGCCGAGUUACAGAUCUACGGCUACAACUCGCAGCUGUACCGUAACUUCAGCCAAGCAGAGAGCCAAGUGUACGGAGUGGUGGCUGUUGCUGUACUUGUUCAGCUAGGAGACAGAACAUCGCCUGCACUCGCAGCCAUGUUGCAAGGUCUCCCAUCCGUCAGAUAUGGUGGACUGACGGCUCCUCCCCACGAACUCUACGUCAAGGAGCUGCUGCCAUCUACCGAGCAAUACCUGACCUACGAUGGCUCUCUCACCGUGCCAGGUUGCCAUGAGACGGUCACGUGGAUCUUGCCCAACAAGCCUCUUUACAUCGCUUUUAGCCAGAUGCGCAGCCUCAGGAAGCUAAAACAAGGCUCGUCAGAUUUUCGCCGGAAUGCGCCCGUUGCCAAUAAUUUUCGGCCGCUUCAGUCUGCUCAUCACAGGACCGUCCGUACUAAUAUCGAGUUCUCCGGCCAAUACCAGGGCCGGGGAUGUUCUAAAUCUGAACCGAUGUUCAGAUAUCAAGCCAACGGGAUGCUUCACUCCUGACAAUAAUUAUGCCUGAGUUUAAAGUUCAUAGACAUUUCUAUAACAUGGUACAGAAAACUCCUUUGUUUAACAUGUGGAAUAUUUUGUGCAGCAUUGUAAAAUGUUCCUGUCAAUAAAACAUACUCCAAUA